GGUUCCCAGAUACAGUACCUCGCAUUCUUAUUUGGCCACCCUGUACAAUAGGAGCUGGCAGUUGCGUCAUAUCUAAGUGCCAUUAUGAUAUGUCGAGUUGCAUGGCAGAUGUUUGGCGUUUGUCACAUGUCACUCAUAAACCUAACCCAAAAAUCAGUGAAGUUUGACACUUCAAUGUUGCAGCUCCCAAUUAUACGUCGGAAUAAUUGUCAUCUUUGUCUUUGGAGAGAGGUAGAGAGAGUCGGAUAUUUAAACUAAAUGCGCACCAGGCAACAAGUCCAAUCACAAAAUUAAUCAAUAAACAAACAUGUAAAAGAGAUAACGCAACCGCCAGUUCCUAUUAUACAGACUUUAGUAGCAUUGUUUUGUUCUAUGCCUAAAAAAAACCAUAGCAACCUUCCCUGGGCAACUAAGCAAUUGUCAUUGAUCAAACAUAAGUCAAUGUCACUGCCACAUCUUUUACAUUUUACACCCUACUAAAUAUUUGUGUUUUUACAAUAAUUUACAUUUGAACAUGGAUCCGGCAUUGGCCGACGUCCUCAAACGAAUGGGAUGGACAACCGGUAUGCACUUACCGGUUGCCAACGAUGAAAAUAAAGCUCUUCAAGAUGAGGUGGAGGCUCUCAUGGUUAAAAAAGCGCGAGCGACGCACUCCUUCGAAACGGAAGAAUCUCGAUACCAAGCGUUCGCGAAACACCUAAAAUUCGUGACGGUUCAAAAUGACGAAACGCAGCAAUUACUUACCACGUACCACCACCACCUUGACAACCAAGAGCACUGCUUCCUGGUUAAACAAUCCGAAAGAGAACGCGUACUUCAAGAAAUAAGGCAGGCGAAAAAAUUAUGCCACGAAAUUAACGAGCGGGUGAAAAGUAAGAAGGUCGAUCUCGAUAGGGGUUUAACUAAAAUUGAGAAAAGGAAAUUGGAAUCGGAUUGGGAUAAGGAAGCGCUGGAAGCGUGGGACGAAUCUCUAAAGAAGAAAGACGAAGACAAUGAGAUUUUAAAAAAAUUCUCCCGCGAGGACGAGAAGAAAGCCAAAAAUCUCGAAAUCAAACGCCAAAAUUUGCAAAAAGAAAUACUGACCAGAACGAGCACGCUCAAUAAAGUAGUGGCGGACGUUCACAACUACGAGCUGAUCAUCGAGCGUAUUGGUAAAGUGUUCAAGCAGCAAAAGGAGGAGCGCCAGGGUCUCCUGACGCAAUGGCGAGACGCGGUAGAGCUCAUAAAAAAGCGCGACCAAAAUAUGCGCGAUAUUAUAGCCGAGGUUGCCGCGUUUUCCGAAAUUUUGGCACAAGAGCGCGAAAAACUGGACGAGCAAGACACAUUUUUAAAGAACCAAACCGAAAACAACAAGGAGACCGAGGAGCAAAUUGCCGAGAUCAAUUUCGCUAGCUGCAAAAUGCGGCAGGAUUUAAACAGCUUGAUUCAAACUGUUUUAACACUAAACAGCGAGGCCAACUCCUUGAAACGCCUCCUGAUUUCCACGGCAAACUGCUUGGAGAAGCAAAGGAUGACAGGCAAAAAAUUAUCCAAAGAUAUAAGCGACAAAGAGUCCCAGAUUAAACAGCAACAACGCGACUUAGAAAAAUUGAAGCAAAAAUUAAAAGAGGUUAAAAACAGUUCCCUGUCGGCAAGCGAGAGGGCCUCCCAGCUCGAGGCCAUAAUAGAGGAGGAGCAGCGAGAAACUAAGAUUUUAGAUCAGGACGUCGAAAGGACGCAAGGCGUCUUAUUUCGAACGCAGCAGGUCCUAAACGAACUGAGGGACAAUGCGAAAACUAAAGAAAUGGAGAUAUCGGGAUGCGAAAUGUCAAUCAGCUUGUUGAAGAAAGGUUUGAUUAAGUCGAAUAAGGAGCUACAAACUCAAAGGGAAAUUAACUAUGACUUGGACUUCAGAGUGAACGAAAUGGAAAGUAGAAUCGAUCGCAUAGAGGGUAACACAGUUGAUGAAGAUACACAGCAAUUAAGAAACAAAAUCGACUCUCUCGAGGAAGAAUUGGCAGAUGAAACUGAGGUGAAGACAUUGAUCCAAAAUCAAAUAGCGCACAUCGAAAAUGAAAUGCGACGACUUACCUCUGCGAUACAAGCCGACAAUCAGCAAAUGGAAACUUUAAAAGACAAACUGCAAAAUGAAGUGCUCUCGUGCGAGGAUGGCACCAAGCAGUCGGUCGAAGCGAGGAAUCGCAUGCAGCAGCAGCAGGUCAACGAAAAUGUUUUCCGACUGCGAGUCAACCAAAUGGAAAACAUAAUGAAGCGUGAAGAGAAUUGCAUCUACAACAUUCAAAAACUCCGGCUGGAAUUAGAAAUGGCUAUGCGACAACGACAAAUUGAAAUAAGCACGAAUAAGGAAAUUUUAAUAGCAAAAAGGCGCAAUCUCGAUGAAGAGAAAGGUAGACUGAAACGAGAUCUAAUACUCCGACAAACUAAGAUAGGCCAGUUGCAACAACGUUUCCAUCUGGCUUCGAUGGCGCUGGGCAAAGACGAAGACGGGAAGCCGUUGUCGGUGACGUACUUCAAAAUAAAAAACGCCCAAGAAAAGCGCAUGUUACAAGACGAGGGUGAUGAGAUGGACGCGAAAAUUCGAAAGUACGAGAAGGAAAUAGUUGCGAUGGAGAAUACUCUUCGAGUCGUGAAUUUGUCAAACGUCACAUACAAACAGAGCCUAUCCGCCGUAGAAGAGCUAGAUCCGGAAUUCCAAGAGAAGAAAAUGUUGGAGUCGGAAAUCAGCGCGGUUAACGUGAAGAUACGUGUUAAGAAACAGGAACUGGUUCAGAAGAAGAAUUACAUCAAAGAGUUGACCCAGAUGUUAAGCUCGUGCGAUGAAGACAAAACGGGAACGCUGCAAAUGCAAGCCGUUUACGAAGGUGAACUCGGCGAUUUAAAGCGGCACGAAGAGGGGCACGUUGAGAAACUGAAUCGUGCCGAUCGACAUUUGCACACGUGCAUGAAAAAUUUGGAUAUGGCGGCAACAGAAAAGUACCACAAAAAUAUAUUCAUACGUCAAUUACAAGAGGCCAAUAAGAGCGCGUUACAACAACUGGCCGAAAUAUCGACUCGAUUUCAAGACAUGACGCCGCACAUAACUCGCUAUACAUAUGAAUACGAUGUCCAACUUCCAGGACAAAGGUUACAAUUUUCGUGUAGUUCAAGUUCGUGCAGCACAAGAUCAUCGGAAUAUUACCUAACGAAACCUUCAAUUUCGAGCAUCCUACUGGAAUUUAAUGCGACCGCCGAAUGUGGAAGUCGAAGUGCCAAGAAAAAUAUAAAAUUGAAGCCUAAACGUAAAACAUAAAGAGGAUGGUAAGAACGGAAACAUAUUAUUUUAUAAAUUUUAAUGUCUCCAUAGUAAAAAAUUCAUACAUUUACACAUAAAUUAUAAUUCCACUUUUAAUUAUGUACUUCUUUAUAAAUACUUUGAGUAUACUUA